AUGAUCCCUCGCUUCUCAGCAAUAUCUCAAUCCCAAAAAUGACUACGGAGAGCAUCAUAACGGUAAUCAAUUGCGAUGAAUGACGAAAGUUGUGUUACCUGAGGGGAGCCAACAGAUGUGACGACCAAACGUAAGUAUGAGUUACAAAGCACCAUAUAAAUACUCUCCACUAAUUUCUGCACCUUCGCAUCAAUUCGCCAAGGCCGAAUAUUCUAACGCAACCCUUGGAUCACCUACGAGACCUUCGUAAUGUCACGAAACAUCUGCAUCACCGCCGUUGACGGCAACACCGGCUUUCUCAUCGCCGAACUAAUCCUCAAACACCGUGACUUUUCUCGCAAAGUCGACUCCGUCAUUGGUCUAACUCUUCACCCCGACUCCCCAAAAGCAAAAGAACUUCAAGACCUCGGCGCCAAGAUCGUCGCCCAUAAGCCCGGCCGUCUUCGUGAAAUGGCCAAAACUCUACAAGACACUGGGUGCGACACCAUCUGUCUCGUUCCUCCUGCUCACGAGCAUAAGCUUGAGAUUAGUGAGGAGCUCGUUCAUGCUGCGAAGAAGGCGGAUGUUCCGAAUGUGCUGCUUAUUAGUUCGGCGGGGUGUGAUUAUGCUGAGAGGGGGAAGCAGCCGAGACUGAGGGAGUUUAUUGAUUUGGAGACGUUGGUUAUGGAGGCGAAGGGGGAUCCGAAUGUUUCUACUGGAACUUCCCCUUGUAUUAUUCGGGCUGGGUUCUAUGCUGAGAACCUUUUGCUGUAUGGGCAGCAGGCCAAGUCGGAGGGUGUUCUGCCGCUUCCAAUUGGAGAAUUCCACAAGUUUGCGCCUGUUGCACUUGGUGACGUUGCUCAAGUCGCUGCUCAUGUUCUGACUGGCAAGGGCAAGCAUGGUUUUGAUGACCGUCACCGUGGACAAAUGAUGGUCGUAACUGGCCCCAUGCUCUGUGCUGGCAAAGAGCUCGCAGAAGCAGCCAGCAAGGCUCUCGGCGCCGAACUUCAGUUCGAGAACAUUUCCCAUGCCGAAGCGAAGAGAGUUCUCAAGUCCCAGUCUGAGAUCGAUCCAUCCGAACAGCAAUAUCUCCUCGAGUACUACAGCCUUGUGAAGGAGGGCAAAACCAACUACAUCUCAACCACAGCUUUCCACGAUGUGACCGGAGAGCACCCCACUGAACCGGAAAAUUUCUUCAAGAUCUAUGAAGGCGAGAUGAGGCCGAAGAAGAAGGCUAAGCAUGAGCACAAGUGAGGCUGCACUGUUAUGAAGAGGAUGCUGUUAAGCCGAAUCAAAUCUGGACCUAGGAAGUUCAGACCUAUCUGGGACUCGGAGUCUGAGAUGCUAGAUAUCGCUGGCGUUAAUAAGGGUUCUUGUAAUUUAAUUCUCAAUGCCUCAUUUUACGGCCAA